AUGGGACAGGAAGAUUAUGAGUUGAAACAAAUAUUGCGUAAGAGAUUGUUUGGGCGAAGAUGGAUGAUUGUGUUGGAUGAUAUAUGGAGCACGAGCACGAAUGUCUGGGACGAGAUAAGAAUGUCUUUCCAGGAUAAUAAUAAUAGUAGUCGGAUUGUGAUCACUACUAGGGAAACUAAUGUGGCGAAACAUGUUGCGGGCUCGAAGAGUCUGCAUCAUGUGCAGGAGCUAGACUAUUCUGCGAGUCGGGAUCUACUUUGCAAGAUUGUUUUUGGUGGAGAGGAUUGCCCUGACGAACUGCAAGGAGUGGCAGCUAAGAUUGUGAGUAUUUGCAGGGGGCUUCCUCUUGCCAUUCAUGUGAUUGGAGGGCUCUUGUCAAAACUAGAAAGAUCGAGAGAUGUCUGGGAGAAUGUUUCAACGGAUGUAAAAGCUUCAAUUGUUGAAUCGGAUGAGCAUUUCUCAAAUAUACUUACCUUGAGUUAUAAUCACUUGCCGAUUUAUUUGAAACCGUGUUUCUUAUACAUGGGAGCUUUUCCAGAAGAUUAUGAGAUUAAGGGUUCUAGACUAAAGAGUUUGUGGAUAGCUGAAGGAUUUGUGAAAUCCAAUGGAGAUAGGAGUUUGGAGGAAGAGGCUGAGAAUUACUUACAAGCUCUGGUGGAGAGGAAUCUACUUUUGGUUAGACGACAAAAGUACAAUGGGAAAUCAAUGAGUUACUCAAUCCAUGAUUUGUUGAGGGAUCUGUGCAUAAGGAAAGCUAACGAGGAGAAGUUUUUAAACCUCAAGGAUUCCAUGCGUCGUGUAAGUGUUCACUCGUCUUCUGAGAUAGAAGAUGUGUGUGCUUCACCACAAUUGAUGUCCCAUGCUCGAUCUUUUAUAUGCACUGAGAAGAAGAUUGCAUCUACAGUGUUUUCCAUGUUAACAUUGGUUAGGGUGCUAGAUGUGAUGGAAAUCAAAUACAAAGUGUUCCCAGAAGAAAUACUUCAACUUGUCAACCUACGCUACUUAGCUUUCUCGUGCACUUCAGGUAUACCUAUUGGAAUAUCAAGAUUGUGGAAUCUGCAAACCUUGAUUUGUAGGGCAGGAAUGAUUAGUUUGCCUUCUGAGAUAUGGGAGAUGUCUGAAUUAAAACGUCUCAAGUUGGUAGGGUUAAUUGAAAUUGGGGAAGAAUACAGGUUUAAAUAUGUUCAUAAGAAGCUGCAUAAGAUAUUCUUUCUACGGAUAACUCCUUCAAUGAUUAGGAAUGGUUUCUUUGAGACCAUCCCAAAUAUCAUAAGCUUAGGAAUCCGUUUCGAUGAUUCACUGGACAGUGAAGUUGAUCUUAGCCAUCUUCACAAACUCGAAAUUUUAAGAUGCAUUUCCGACUGGAAUAAAUAUGAUUGCCGUUUUCUGCACAAGCUCAGAGUUCCAUGUAAUAUUAGAAAGUUAGUUCUAAUUGGAUGUGCAUUAGCUCAGAGUUUCUUGAGAAAUCUGUGUGCACUACCGAAACUGGAAGUGCUCAAAAUAAGGUCUUGUAUGUUUGAAAGAGACGGAGAGGCAGAGGAAGAAGAGUGGGAGAUGGCAGAAGGAGAUGAAUUCCGCUCACUGCAGUUUUUGAGCAUCAUUUCCUUAAAUAUAGUGCGUUGGAGAGCCAACGAGACCAACUUCCCUAAACUCCUGGUGCUGCAUGUAAUCAGAUGUAAGGUGUUAGAGGAAAUCCCCUGUGAUAUUGGAGAUAUCCCAACCCUCCAAACAAUCUUAGUACAUGAAUGUGGUUCUUCUGUCGUGGCCUCAGCGCGAAAAAUUAAGAAGGUUCAGCAAGAGGAGUACGGAAACUAUGAUCUCAAAGUGCUCAUACGAGAUUAG